UUGUAAACACAACAAGCCAACACACACACACACACACACACACACACAUUACCUCGCUGAGACGGUUAAAAUCGAUGUCACCAAUUGUCUUAUCAGCCACUGUGUAACUCAGACUUUGGACUUUUAUUCCACCAAGAAAGAAAGCGAAGCAGCUCCUCCUCUCUACUUUCCGUCAACCUUUUCACGGAAUGACCACAAACUACCAGCUAGCUAGCGUUAGCUAAGCUAACGUGAAACCCAAGCGUUAAGCUAAUCGGGGUUAGCACCAGCUGACGCUCGCUCAAGUGUUUGUCACGCUCAGAGAGAAGUGGACACUCUCAUGGUGGUCUCAGUUCAAUGGGGAACUGUCUGUUUUCACAAGGUGCGGAUGACCUGUCGCUGCUGAACGAGUCCGAGGGGGGCAGCCUUCCCGGGGAGCCUCCUCCGCCCUACCAGGAGCGCACCCAGUCAGCGCCAGUGUACCAUCCCACCCCAGGUGAGAGCCGCCUGGCUUGCCAGCUGACCGAGGAGGAGCAGGUCCGCAUCGCCCAGCGAAUCGGUCUCAUCCAGCACCUGCCCAGAGGCAUGUUCGACCCGGGCUCCGACCCCUCUGACAAGAAAGUUAAAGAGUGUGUGAUCUGCAUGGUGGAUUUUGAGUACAGCGAUCCCAUUCGGUUCUUGCCCUGCCUUCACAUCUACCACGUGGAUUGCAUUGACCCCUGGCUGAUGCGCUCCUUCACCUGCCCCUCCUGCAUGGAGCCGGUGGAUGCGGCGCUGCUGUCCUCUUACGAAACCAACUGAGCAGCCCCGCGAUGGCUGCUCCUGCCUAAAGAAAAAAGUAACUGCACCUUUUUAGUCGAAACUGUCCUAGCUGUUCAAACAGGUAGCUAAGGUGAUGUGGCAUUAUGCAGAUGUUUGGGGGUUGUUCUAGGGUGCAGACAGAUGUUGAAAAUUGUACCCUAUAGUACGUUGCUUAGGUCUGAUUUGCACCUAUUUGGGCUUUGGAAACUUUUUGCCUUUUACAGUAGGAUAAUGUGCCAAAUCAAGCUAGAUGAAGAAUAUGGAAAGCUGUUCACGUAGCAAAAUAUUACUGCAAAGUAAUUUCACUUUGGUGUGACUGAUUUUUCUGGUAAUUAGAUGCAUGUCACUAAUGUAAUUUACUUCCCCCUCCCCCCAGAUGUAAUGUGCAGUAUGUUAUAUCAGUGGAGAAAAUGCAGGACAUUUGUCUUGGUCAAGUGAGCAUCAUUGUUUGUCAGAAAAUCCGGUGAAAACAUGAAGUGAACUUAACUUACUGUGUUUUUCUCAUGAACCCAUGGCCUUGAAUGUCACAAAAACAUAGGCCUUUCUACUGAUAUGCAAUCAUCAAACACACAGGAAAAAGGUUUUGAGAGGAAAAAAAGACGCAAAGAAAAAGAGAUGUUAUGAGUUCCCACGACCGUUCAUGUCUUCAGCGCUAUGUGACUUGACUUGGGUCUCUUUGUAUGUACUGUAGUUUUUCUUUUGAAGCUUCUUUUGUGAAUGUGGAUCUCCUUCUUUGCUUUGCCUGGAGCUCUCACUUUUGUGUUGUCCUCUUCUGUGUGUCCUUUUCAUUGUUUACCAGCAGUGACAUUUACAAAGACAAGAUAUGCUGUGCAAUCCCCUCCCUCAAAGCACCUUGGGAUACCCCUCAUCCGGCACUGUGUAGCUUGUAGAUUUAAUAGAUGAUUGUGAGUUUUGAUAAGUGUGUAUGCGUGUGAUGUUUUUGUUUGUUUGUUUGUUUGUUUUGAGGGGAUGGUGAGUAGAGAUUGGCAUGUUGAAGUAACUUUGUGAAUUAACCCUGUCAGUUGUAAAUGUGUUGUAGCUCCUCUCUUUUGCUAGUUCGGAGCUGUUGGGGUUUUGUUUCGUGUCGAUGGCCUUCUUACAACAAGUGAUGAAUUUCCAGAGCUCCUGGGUCUGGUCAAACAAAAUGCUUUUACGUUUUUUGGUAUUAGAUGUGUAGUAUCUGAUACUGACUGCACAAUGAACAAGCAGCAGUAGAAAGGAAUGUAUCUUGAAUGUAAAGCAUUGUUUCAGCAUUUAAAGAUAUGAACAUUGUAGGUGACAAUAAGAGGACAUUUCUGAUUUACUCAGGCUUUUGUGCCUUUUAAGUUUGAGGUAAGCCAAUUCCUGUGAAGUACAAUCAUUUCUGACAUGACUUUCGAUUUUCUUUUAGUUGUCCUCUAGGGGGAGACAGAUACCAGCACUGAACUGAGUUGUGUCACUAUGAAAUAGGCCGAGGCUGGAGCCAGACAUUUGCUCUGGCUGCUGUAAACAGUCAUUUUGUGUUUUAAUUUAUAAUUUGUGCCACCGGUGCACAGGUUUUAGGAAAGUCAUGAAACCACAAUAAAAAAGUGGAUACCAAAUUUUACACAA